AUGUCAGGCCGUGAACCCAAUAUUCAGCCCUCUGAAGCUUACUCUCACGAGUCUUCAUGCCUUAUUGAGCGGAGGGGUAACACUGGCGUCAUCUCAGCGGAUGGCCAGCCAGUUGGUUGGCUGCGGUGCAAUCCUCAGAAGGCGGAAAAGGAGGGGUUCAGGGCCCGCCGCCGCCUUCCAAUCAUAUCAAUUGCCGGUCAAUCUGUACUCGUAAUCACCCCUUUUCAGACGGCUCACGGACCACACGGGAAAAGCAAAUCUCUUCUGUUCUGUCUAUCACUUUUUAGUAGAGUUCUAGAACGGCUAGACCCUGGUCGACUGUCGCGUAUUGAUCGAUCACCGCCAACUUUUUUUUCCCCUUCCCUUCCUUUCAACCCCUUGGAUUCUCCCAGAACCGCCAUAAUGCAUUCAGAAAACCGCAAGCCUCUCCGUCACAUUCCCUUAUCAUACAAUCAUGCCGAUUCUCAUGCUUCCGCGCUGAGGCUCAUUUUGACACUCAACCCACACUGGGAGGGUUCGGACAACAAGAUUGAGUUUGUCCGGUUCACGGAUGGCAUCACCAAUACUCUUCUUAAAAUUAUCAACCGCAAGCCCGGCUUGACCGAGGAGCAGAUAGACCAAGAAGCAGUACUGAUGCGAGCGUACGGUAACCACACAGAAAUCCUCAUAGACCGCGAAAGAGAAACGAGCUCUCAUGCUCUUCUUGCCAGCCAUGGAUUAGCCCCUCCUCUUCUGGCGCGCUUUAACAAUGGUCUCCUGUACCGGUUCCUCCGUGGCCGCCCAGCCAGCCCGGAGGAUCUUGCCACGCCUUGUAUCUGGCGUGGCGUGGCCAGGAGACUUGCGCAGUGGCAUGCGAAGUUGAAGCACGAGGAUAUCUCCGUGAUCACCCCAAAGCAGCCUGGGCCGAGCAUGUGGAGUGUCCUCCAGAAAUGGAUCCUUGCUCUUCCCACGAACACGGAGGAGCAGCGCCAGCGGAGACUUAGUCUGCAAAAGGAGCUGGAGCGGGUUGUCAGCGAGCUAGACGAUGGAAAGGGCCUAGGCGAUGGUGGAUUGGUUUUCUCUCACUGUGACCUUCUCUGCGCCAACGUCAUCGUGUUGCCCGAAAGCGCCUCUUCGGAAGACGAAACGGCUGUUGUCAACUUCAUCGACUACGAAUAUGCCACCCCCUCCCCUGCUGCCUUCGACAUCGUCAACCACUUUGCCGAAUGGGGCGGUUAUGACUGCGACUACAACAUGCUGCCUACCCGCUCUGUGCGCCGCGAGUUCUUGACCGAAUAUGUCAAGAGUUACAGCCACCACAAAGGUAUCCCAGAGUCAUCUCAAGCAGAGAUUGUCGACCGACUCUACGAAGAUGUCGAUCGGUUCCGAGGCAUUCCCGGCCUCUACUGGGGCGUGUGGUCACUCAUCCAAGCCCAAAUCUCACAGAUCGACUUCGACUAUGCAUCCUACGCCGAGGUGCGUCUCGGCGAAUACUACGCAUGGCGCCGGGAGGUAGACGGGUCGCGGAUCCAGGCAAACGAAGAGAUGCCCCUCCGGGAGCAACGAUGGGCUCAGGAGGCCUAA